AGCGCCGCCGAGGAGGAGGAGGAGAAGGCGAUGCCGGAGCAGCGGCCCCGCACCCGUUCCAACCCCGAGGGCGCCGAGGACCGGGCGCUGAGCGCCCAGGCCAGCGUGGGCAACCGCAGCGAGGGCGAGGGCGAAGCGGCCAGCGCCGAGGACAGCCCCCAGGGCACCGCCGCCCCCGACGGCACCGCCUGGCCCGGCCCCGCGCACCCCACCGAGGUGCAGGUGAAGACGCCGCGGGUGAACUGCCCCGAGAAGGUGAUCAUCUGCCUGGACCUGGCCGAGGAGAUGGCUCUGCCCAAGCUGGAGUCGUUUAAUGGGUCCAAGACCAACGCGCUGAACAUCUCCCAGAAGAUGAUCGAGAUGUUCGUGAGGACGAAGCACAAGAUCGACAAGAGCCACGAAUUCGCACUGGUGGUGGUGAACAACGACGCCACGUGGCUCUCAGGGUUCACCUCGGACCCCCGCGAGGUCUGCAGCUGCCUCUACGACCUGGAGACCGUCGUCUGCAAGUCCUUCAAUCUCGAGGGGCUCUUCAACCUCAUCCAGCAGAAGAUCGAGCUGCCGGUGACGGAGAACGUGCAGACCAUCCCGCCGCCCUACGUGGUGCGCACCAUCCUGGUGCUCGGCCGCCCCGGCUGCCAGCCCCAGUUCUCCGCCUCGGAGCAGAUGAAGAAGAUGCUGCAGUGCCCCUACUUCUUCUUCGACGUGGUUUACAUCCACAACGGGGCGGAGGAGAAGGAGGACGAGACGAGCUGGAAGGAGCUGUACGCCUUCUUCAGCAGCCUGGACUCCAAGGGCACCAACUACAAGUACGAGGUGGCGCUGACGGGGCCGGCCGUGGAGCUGCACAACUGCAUGGCCAAGCUGCUGGCGCACCCCCUGCAGCGCCCCUUCCAGACCCACGCCGCCUACAGCCUGCUGGAGGGCGACGAGCCCCCCGAGGCCGAGGCCACCGUGUGACCCCCCCCCC